AUGGCUUGGCGGCGGUGGUGUGGGUUGAGGCGGCAGCAGCGUGCGUGCUGUGGAAGCAGCAGCAGGAGUAGCAGUGUUGGAAGCAGUGUUGGCGGUCGUGUUGAAAUAGGAGGAGGAGUAGGAGAAGGGUACGUGCUGCACACGGGGUGGAGGCACGAAGCAACGCCGGAGCAGCCACGCGCAGCUGCUCGCGCCCACCCCACACAGCGCCCACUGCCCCACGUGUGCCUGUGCCGUGGCGGGAGGUGGCAUGGCGAACGCGGCAGUGGGUGGGCUGCGCCUGCCAAACAGACCCAGCACUCCUGGCUUGGAGGCACACAGCACUUGUGUGAAGAUACAGCUACCAGACACAUACGCCACCCCUCUGUUCUCAGACGGCACCUGUCGCAUCGCCGAUCAGCAUCCACACUGAUUGCCACAGAACAACAGCAACAACAGCAACAACAGCAGCAGCAGCAGAAGCUAGAGAAGGAUCGAUCACCGCCACCAAGACCUCCAUCAAGACCUCCAUCAAAACCACCAUCAACACUAACACACGACCAUGUCAAACGCGAGGUCUCCAGUACACACAGACCACUGCGGCAUGCCCCGGAUACUAAACCGCCGCUCGUGACCACAGAUGCCGAGGCGGCAGUCGCAGCAAGCGUAGACCUUCACAACGCAGCCAAUGCAGACUUUCACACCACAUCAGCAGCGAACAGGCCAAGAAGCAAUCGCAACGGCGGAAAUGCCCUCCAGGCCUUCCUUGCGGCCGUUGCACACGCGGACCGCGUGCCCCCGCCCGUCUCCAAGGAGGACGUGCACCGCGCACUUGGCGUGCUGCAGCGACGACAGGACGCUGCUGGUGCGGAGAAAGCCAUCAUGCUGGCCAUGGCAAACGGCGUUACCUUGGACGCCUUUGCGCUCUGCAAGGCCGUCCACACCUGUGGCGCCGCGUACCACCUCGACGGCGUUCAGCGUCUCAUGCGCAUCAUGCUUGAGCAGGGCAUGUCCUGGCCCCCUCACCUGCAACUUGCCGUGUACAGGUGCUACGUGGCGCGCGGGCAGCACGCGGAAGCAGAGGCCAUCAUCACGCAGCUGCACCAGCAAGAGCAGCUCACGCCAGCACUAUUGGCAAGCUGCGCGUGCGCUCACAUUGAGCUGGGCAGCGCCACUCCCGCGCUGCUGCUUCGCAUUGCAGACUGGCAGAGCAUCUACCCGGACCUGGUGCUCACCCCCGCCUUCAUGACAGCCGUACUUGACGGCAUCGCCACCCACGCCACCAUGGCAGACUUUGUUGACUUUGCCACGUGGCUCACAGCAGACGCGGCGGCGCCAACCGACCCGCCUGCCCCGCCGCCACUCGUUGACCACGCAACGCUGCUGCACGCGACACUCAAAGCGCAGGCGCAAUACGGCGACGUGGACGGUGCCCUGGAGACGUUUGCAGCCCUCGAGCGAGAACUGAACACCGCUCAUGGCGCUGCCACUACUACAACUGCCGCCACCACACCUGCUGCUCCUCCUCCUCCUGCUGCUGCUGCUGCUGCGACUGCUUCGACAACACCCCGAGUCGCUGGUCGUGUUUGCCGACACGCUGAUGGUGGUAGUGGUAGUGGUGGUGGUGCCGCUGACUGUGUCGUUCACCAUGGUGCUGGUGGUGGUGAUGGACAAGACAGCGACAUCAGUGGUGCACGGAGCCAGGGUGUCAUUGAUGCAUCCACGCUGCGCACGCUCACGCGGGCGUUCAUUGCCGCCGACCGUGUGGAAGACAUUGUGCCGCGUGUUGGCCCACUGCUUGCGGCGUACGGACAGGACAUGGGCGCAAGGUUCCACACGAGCACCCUCACCGCCAUUCUGCGGCAGCGUGAUGCAAGCAGGCGUGACGAUGCGGGCGUGCGCUACUUCAACAGCAUUGCGGCAACUACCAGGCAAGGUGCACGGCUGCGGUAUCGUGGCAAGGGCGGCAACGGAGCACAGGGUGUUGCGUGGAUAAGGCAACACGUAGCGGACCGGUGCCUGUCCAUGCUGGAGGCGCAAGGGCUUGCGCUUGCCACACACUACAAGGCCGCGCUGCACGUGGCAUGCAAGGCGGGCGCUGUUGCGCGUGCGCUUGAGCUGGAGGGCAUGCUGACAGAGCAGGGUCAGAUGACGGUGACAGACAGGCUGCGGCUGCUGGAUUGCUUUGCUGCUGCUGGCGCGUCUUCGCAUGCCCUGCGGGUUGCACAGCAUCUGAGCUCAGCCAACUUCCGCGACCCGCGCAACCGCAUGCACCACGCCCUGAUGCGCGCUGUCAUGACUGGCGAUGGCGUGUGUGCCGCCACGCAGCUGCUCAGGGAGUACCCGCGCACGUUUGGUUCCCACGCGCCGCCGCCUGUGCACCUGGUGGUUGCACGCGAACUCGCCGCGCAGCAAAGGACGGCUGCUGCGGAGGAGGUGGUGGAGGGUCUUGUGCAGAGCGGCCAGCUGACGGCGGCCACCGCGCGGCAGAAGCACCUGCACCACGUGCUGGUGGCAGCAGUGACACGUGGGGACGGCCGCGCUGCGCUGGAGGUGCUGGAGACGCUGGGUGUGGACACAGCACCGGGUCAGGUCGUCUUUGCGCUGAGCGCGUGCUUGAGCGAGCACGAUCGCAGGCUGGUGACUGCUGGUGAUGGUGGUGGUGGUGGUGGUCAAAGUGAAGAGGUGAGGUCUUUUGGCGAUGGUGAUACUGAAGGCGAUGAAGCGUGUGCUGGGCACAAGAGUGGGGCACAUUUGGGAGAAGAUAGAACUAGGAUUGAAAGAGAAGGAGGGGACGAUGAUGCCACUGAUUCGGGUGCACGUGCGGCUGCUGAGGCCCUGGCUGUGUUUGAUGCCAUGUGGGCAUGCGCACUCAGGCACAACGUGCCCCUCAACAAACGCACCACAGCCACCAUCAAGCACAUGCGUGCCAAGAUUGCCUCCCUGAACUGA